AUGGCACUGCUGGAAAUCACUACUCUUGCUCUUGUGAUUUGUGUCACUUGCCUGGUUUUGCUUUUUGUGUGGAAGAAAAGUCACAAAGGGGGAAGGUUUCCACCUGGCCCAACUCCCCUUCCCAUCAUUGGGAAUCUGAUGCAGCUAAACCUCAAGGACGUCCCUGCAUCUCUCUCCAAGCUGGCCAAAGAGUAUGGCCCCGUUUACACUCUGUACCUUGGAUCCCAGAUCACUGUGGUCUUACAUGGAUAUGAGGCGGUGAAGGAAGCUCUAAUUGAUCAAGGUGAUGAAUUCCUUUACAGAGGACAUAUUCCAAUUAUUGACGAUAACCAGAGAGGAUAUGGAAUCUUUUUCAGUAAUGGAAACAGGUGGAAACAAAUGCGGCGCUUCUCCCUCAUGACCCUGAGGAACUUUGGAAUGGGGAAGAGGAGCCUCGAGGAGAGGGUCCAGGAGGAGGCCCAGUUUCUGGUGGAGGAGCUCAGGAAAACAGAGGCUCAGCCCUUGGACCCUGUCUUCACCCUCUCCUGUGCUUCCUGCAACGUGAUCUGCUCUGUCCUCUUCAACGAGCGUUUCCACUACAACAAUAAGACGUUACUCUCCCUGUUGAGUUUGUUAAAUAAAAAUUUUCAUCGAAUAAACUCUCCCUGGAUCCAGAUUUACAAUCUAUGGCCAAAACUCAUAAAGUAUCUCCCUGGAGAGCACAAAGCAUUCUCAAAAAGGCUUGAUGAUGUUAAAUAUUUUAUUCUGGAAAAAGUGAAGGAGCAUCAAAAGUCCCUGGAUCAUAAUAACCCUCGAGACUACAUUGACUAUUUCCUCAGCAAGAUGGAGCAGGAGAAACAGAACCCAGAGUCUGAAUUUCACUUGGAGAACUUGAUAACCUGUGGAUCAAAUCUGUUUUCAGCGGGAAUAGAGACAACCAGUAUCACUCUGAGCUAUGGACUCUUGCUCCUCAUGAAAUACCCUGAGGUUCAAGCCAAAGUUCAUGAAGAAAUUGACCGUGUAAUUGGACGCAACCAAAGCCCCUGCAUGAAGGACAAGAUAAAGCUGCCCUAUACAGAGGCCGUGCUUCAUGAGAUACAAAGAUACAUCACCCUCCUUCCUUCUAACAUGCCCCAUAGUGUGGUCCGGGACACGAAAUUCAGACAGUACUUCAUCCCUAAGGGCGCUACUGUAUUGCCAUUACUGUCUUCGGUCCUGUACGAUUGCAAGGAAUUUCCCAACCCAGAGAAGUUUGACCCAGGUCACUUUUUGGAUAAAAAUGGCAGCGUCAGGAAAACAGCAUACUUCGUGCCUUUUUCCAUGGGGAAACGGGCAUGUGUUGGAGAGGGCCUGGCCCGCGUGGAGUUGUUCCUGUUUCUCACCACCAUUCUGCAAAACUUUGUCCUGAAACCCCUGGGGGAUCCAAAGGACAUAGAGACCAAACCCAUUGCUACCGGGUUUAUCAACAUCCCACAACCCUACAAGCUGUGCUUUAUCCCUAGACAAAAGAACUUUCUCUUUUAA